AAAUAAACAAAUGAGUUGUAAGUGGCGCUCAGGUGGAUACGUAACUUCCGCUUUGUCGUCAUCAUCGAGCGACGUUUUCUCAGGCCGCAAGUGGUGGAAACGAAAUCACCUCGUUUGAAAAUAUGGCACCAUCACCCACAAAGCGGAAGGAGGAGGAAAAAACAAAAGACAGAGGGAAAGAAAAGACUGGUACCAAGGACGGAGACAAGGAGAGAGCACGGGAUAAAGUAAGAAAACGCCGCAGUGCUUCUACUGGCAGCAGCAGCAGCAGGUCCAGAUCUAGCUCUACUUCAAGCAGCAGCUCUGGUUCCAGCUCCGGUUCCUCAAGUGGAUCCAGCUCAUCUGGUUCCAGCCGCUCUGGUUCUUCAAGCUCUCGUUCCUCCUCCUCUUCCAGCUCCUCAGGGUCCCCCAGCCCCAGCCGUAGACGCCAUGACAACCGCCGCCGGUCCCGCUCAGCGUCCAAAACACAGAAGAGGGGAGAUGAUAAGGAGAGAAGGAAAAGAAGCCCAAGCCCCAAACCAACUAAAGUUCACUUAGGGCGGCUGACCAGGAAUGUCACCAAGGAUCACAUCCAGGAGAUCUUUUCCUCUUAUGGAAAAAUCAAAAUGGUUGAAAUGCCAAUGGACAGGCACCACCCACACCUGUCCAGGGGCUAUGCUUAUGUGGAGUUUGAGACUCCUGACGAGGCCCAGAAAGCCCUCAAACACAUGGACGGAGGUCAGAUUGACGGACAGGAAAUCACUGCAUCUGCCGUGCUGACUCAACGAGUCCGUCUUCCACCUCGUAGACCAUCUCCCCCUCGUAGAAUGCCCCCACCACCACCUAUGUGGCGUCGCAGUCCACCACGCAUGAGGAGAAGGUCCCGCUCCCCAAGGAGGCGGUCCCCAGCACGCCGCCGCUCUCGCUCCAGAUCUCCUGGUCGCAGGCGCCACCGCUCUCGUUCCAGCUCUAACUCGUCCAGAUAGAUGAGUUUCCUGCCUCCUGAUACCAAGUGAUCUCUUAGAUUCUCUGACUCCAGAUCAGCUGGAGUUCCUGCUUUCCCAGACAUUAUGGACUCACCAGAAAUAAAAUCAUCUGCGUUGUAGCCAACAUAAACAUCUGCCUGCAUGUGGAAAGCGGAAGUGUUUUUUUAUUUUAUUUUUUUCUGCAAAUGUGAGUUUCUUUUCAUGUUUUGUUAAGUUGAUUAUGAAAAUCUUCCUCAAUAUUUCUGUUUCAACCUGACUUUGGGCUCCACUGAGAUCUACAAAUGUUUCUUUUGUGUGACUUGUUUUUACCACUUUAGACAUUUUGAAAAAUAAAACCGCUGAAACAUG